AUGUCCGCGUUGCCACGACGCAAGAUCGGCAGCCGGGCUUGCGAUGGCUGCAAGAUUCGCAAGAACAGUAAUGCUGGUCGCCCGGUGGAUGGUGUUUCUACCGACAGUUGUCCUGGCGGAGAACCGUCCCUUGUGAGAGGCAAUGACGGCAUAUCCAGCAGCUUUGAAAGGACUCCUGUGUCAUCCCUAAUCGUUCGACUGUGCAUUUAUCGCCUCCGUCUCUUCCCAGUUUGGCCCAUCCUCGCUGCUGAAGACAUCAUAGCGUCACUCCUCAGGGACUCCCCAGACCUUGGCACCUACACACUUGCAAACGCCGUGUGCGCAGCAGUGAUUGUACAGCUCAAGCUGCCAUUCGACGGAAGAACAGACGACAAUGAUCCAGCGACAGCUGCAUCCAUGACUGCCGAGUGUCAAAGAGCGAAGCUGCUUCUUCAGGAUGCAAAUGGAGAUGACGGCCCAGAUGCGGGGCUCAACAUGGUUCGGAUAGCCUUCUUCCAACAUAUUUAUCACGAGAACCAAAGUCCGGGGGGGACCAAGAGCCUGAUGUUUCUCCGGGAGGCAAUCACGAUGGCACAGAUCAUGGGACUCCACCGGAAGUCAACCUAUGUCUUGCUAUCGCCAGAGGAGCAGCAGAUGAGACGCCGCAUUCUAUGGUUACUUUUUGUCACAGAGAGAGGAGUGGCCAUGCUGCACAAACUCCCUAUUGUCUUGAAAUGGCAGGCCAGCUUUCCACUGCUGGUGGACAGGACCAACAUCGAGCUAGAUGAAGCGCACAUUCUGCCGGCUUUCAAGAAGCUGGUCGAUCUCUUUUGGCUGUUUGAUCAGAGCGGUGCCUUCGACCUGCUUACACAGGCUGAUGAUGAUACUGGGACGUAUGAGGAAAGUCGCCUAGAGUAUCUUCAGCACCGCCUGCAAGAGAUCUCGUCAGACGAGUUCGAGAGCAACGAUGUGCAGAGGGCCGACAUAUACGUCACAAAAUGUUGGAUGCAGGCGGUAGUCUGGCGGGCAUCGUUACGGAGGUCCAGGGCAGGCGUAUCCUCAGAGCAGCAGAGUCUUCUUUCACAGCCAUACCGCAUCGUGGCUGACUUCUUGUCACACAUCUGCCAUUGCUCCAAGACGGCACUUGAAGCUCACGGUCCGACCAUAGAGCUCAAGAUUUUCGAGAUUGCCAGUGCACUCACGGAGUACAUAUACACGUUGACAGCCGGUUCGGACAUGGCCCGGAGCCUCACAAAUACGGACGUACGGCCUGUCGAGAUGCUCAUCAAGCUACAGAGGCUCCUUGCCUCUUCACGCGGGGGCAAUAAGACUCUUCUGACUUUGUUAUGCGCGAGGAUAGCGGAGGUGGAGAGUGUUGGCUCGGCUGAGCUGGCGUGGAACCCGAACGUAGAGACAUAUGAAGCCGACGAGGACAACGUCGAUGACGGUACUUGCGAGAUGAGUCUGCCGGCUGUUAGGACGCCAUCAAACUCGGCAUACCUGAAUAUGGCCGCAAUGAUGAGGCUGAACGAUCCUCUGCGUGUGCAGCUACCAGUGUGGACCAAUCUUCGACCAGAGCCGAGCCAACGUGCGCUGGAUACUGGCACUGAGGAAAGCAUAGCCUCCAUGUUCCUCACGCAGUCGGCAGAUGAGUCGUGGGACGGAUGGGCUGCGGAUUUCGCGGACAUGAGUCAUUGCAAUUCGGGGUUACAUGUGUCCGUGCUGGGGCUGGGUGGAUGGCUCACCUUCGGUGGACAGCUUGAGAACGAGGGCACCUUUGCGUGCAUGAAGCAGGCAUAUGACCUGGGCAUCAACUUCUUCGACACGGCUGAGAGCUACGCCGGGGGCCAGUCCGAAGUGGCGAUGGGCCAGGCGAUCAAGAAAUUCGGGUGGAAGCGCAAUGACAUUGUCGUGAGCACCAAACUCAACUGGGGAGGUGCCAAUGGGGAGGUGCUGGUCAACAACCAUGGCCUGUCACGUAAACACAUCAUUGAGGGCCUCAGGGAGUCGCUCAGGCGCCUGGACCUCGAGUAUGUCGACAUCGUGUACGCUCACCGACCGGAUCGUCUGACGCCGAUGGAGGAGACUGUUCGGGCCUUCAAUCACGUCAUCGAGCAGAAGGGCUGGGCAAUGUACUGGGGGACGAGUGAGUGGUCGGCGGAUGAGAUUGCAGAGGCUUGCGGGAUUGCGAAGCAGCUGGGACUGAUCGCGCCGGUGGUGGAGCAACCAUUUUACAACAUGCUCUCGAGGAAGAAGGUUGAGGGCGAGUUCCAGCGACUGUACAGCCGAUUCGGCAUUGGCCUGACGACGUUCAGCCCGAUCAAGUUUGGGCUGCUGAGUGGCAAGUACGACGACAGCCCGGACAAGCCACCAGCUGGGUCAAGGUUUGCCAAGGGAGAUGACAAGUUUGUGAGCUCCGUCCGAGACUCAUUCGCGAAUGCAGAGUGGCAGGACACGAUUGCAAAGGCGAGGCAGCUGAAGCCUAUCGCGGACAAGCUGGGUAUCACACGAGCACAGCUGGCACUGGCAUGGUGCCUGAAAAAUAAGAACGUGUCGGCCGUCAUCACGGGAGCGUCGAGGCCGGAGCAGGUGGUGGAGAACUGCGCAGCUCUGAAAGCACUGGACAAGCUGACACCAGAGGUGUUGGCCGAGAUCGACGGCAUUGUUGGAAAGCUCAUCAGAGUGAAAGAGGAGGAUGAGGACAAGGAGGAGAAGAGGGAGACGCUCAUCGAGCCUCGAGAUGUCGAGCACCCAGAGCUGAACAGUCCCAUUUGA